UGCUCUCCCCCUCCCAGCCUCAGACAUGUGUGAGCAGGCAGCCCGGUACUGCAGGACCAGCGUCCACAAGCUCCUGCAGCAGCAGCAGCAGCCUCAGAUCCGGUGGCUGGACGGUGUGCUCCGCUGGAUCGUCACCAAGAUGAGCGACAAGAGUGAGAGAGAGCUGCGGGGGGACGAGGCAGUCACACUGGUGCAGGGCAUGCCUGAGCCGGGCACCAGGAGGGGCAUCUCUGUCAUUCUCGAUAUCUUCCGUAGAGCUGAUAAGAAUGAUGAUGGAAAGUUGUCUCUGGAGGAGUUCCAGGCUUUUUUCUCAGAUGGGACCCUCAACGAGGAGGAACUUGAAAAGCUGUUUCACACCAUCGACUCUGACAACACCAAUAAUGUGGAUACUAGAGAGCUUUGUGAUUAUUUUGCGGAUCAUAUGGGAGAUUAUGAAGAUGUCCUCUCUUCAUUGGAAACACUCAAUUUGUCUAUCUUGAAGGCCAUGGAUUACACCAAGAAGGUGUAUGAGAAGGGCACCAACGUUGACCAGUUUGUGACCCGUUUUCUUCUGAAGGAGACGGCCAAUCAGAUCCAGUCUCUUUUCAGCUCGGUGGAGAGUGCUAUAGAUGCCAUAGAUGAGCAAACUAACCCAGUCAGACAUUGCUAUAAGGGACCAGGAAUGGGCGAUGGGUGGCAUGAAGAUCCUGUACCAACUUAUCCUACAUCUCGGAGUUCCACAAAGGAACUGAGGAAGAGCAUAAAGAGCAGCUGCUCUGAUGUGAAAGAAGAAGGUCUAGAGGCUCAGAUUAACCGACUGGCCGAGCUGAUCGGGAGACUGGAAAAUAAGACGCUCUCCUUUGAUUUGCACCAGAGACUCUCUGACAAUGAGAAUACAUCUUCAGCGUACCUUUACUUGGUGCGACAAGAAAUGCACGUUUCCCAAAAAUCUGUGGGUGACUUUUGUAGUUCUCUGAAACAAUAUCUAAAGAACGUGUCGGGACAAGGAGAAUGCUUCCAUGUAACUGCUGUGCGGCUACCGGAUACCAAUACUUUUAUUGUCUAUGAAUUUUGGGAGGCAGAGGAGGAAUGGAAGAGGCAUCUUCAGAGCGGACCCUGUAAAAAGUUUCAGCAUGUAAAGGUGGAUACGUUGACCCAGCCAGAAUCCAUCUCCACAAUGUUUGUACCAGCUGCUUGGUGCACCCUUGGUCGAGAUUGACUGUACCACUCGUGAAGUUGACCAGAGUCCAGGCUGUGGCAUCAUUGGCUCUCUGACCAUUGUGUCUCUGUCUCACCAGGAGCCUUGUAGUCGAGAUGCGUCUCCUUCUGAUGACUUUGUUCCAAGUGCUGUCUGUUAAAUCCACAUAGUGGGGAAUGUAUUUGCUUGUGAAAAAGGGAAACCCUCCUAGAACCGAUAUCCUACUUCUGAAAUGCCUCUAAACAUGUAUUUAACAUAAGUAUAGGACCUUUAAGAAACAAGAGAACCUAGGGAAUAUCUGGUGGCUGAUAAACUAGGUCCAUAGCCCUGAUAUCCUCUCUUGUGCGUGCAUGAUCAAACCUCUUGCAUUUGUACAUUACCUGUCUUGUAGAUAGUAUUGCCUUCCAGCGGAAAUCAUAGCGUAGAAAAUAACAGAAAUACAAGCGAGCCAGCUGAAAAUAUUAAUUCUGUACAAUGCUGGUCUCUAUUAUUGGAAGGUAUACACUGUUUUGGUAGAUUUAUUGGUGUUUUUACUUCAGGAUGUACCAUUUGUGGGGGCCGUGUUCUUCUCUCUGGUUCCGUUGGAGUCAUCCAGUGAUGUAUGGCUAGACUUCGAGAGCUAACCUAGCAGCUUGUGCUUAAUAAUAAAGUUCUAUUUUUCCCAGAAUGAUAAAUAUGCAGGAAUGUGGAUUGUUUUUUCCUCCCCCAAUGUUAUGUUAGAUAUUCUAUAAUGCUGUAAACUGAUCUCUAUUCGUAUGGGUUUUAAUAGUCAAAUGCAACUUGUUAGAAAAUGUCAUUCCAAAGGAAUUCUUUGACAGGAUGUGUACAGCCAAGAUCAUACCCAAUAAAAGUAUUGACACUA